GCGGAUUAUUACCGCGUGCAACGCUGUUGAUUGUCUGCAUGCUGUCUGCAUAUAAACGCUGAAACUUCUUAGAUCUUGGUUUUCAACACGGGCUUGCAAUCCCAUCCCCUGCGGUGCACAAUUUUCCACUGGUUAUCGGCCUACUCGGUUCUAAUUCGAAGUUCUGUGCAUUAGAGCGCAAUUUGCAGUGUUACUCGCUUUCUGUUCCGGCGCUUCAUUAGACUUCGCCUUCUGAAAUGUCGAACCCCCUCACACGUCAGGUUAGCCUCCACCUAGGACCCAUCGUUCUCGAAACGUUCGUCCACCACUAUUUUGACCGCCUAAAGAAGGAGAACAAGGAGAAUGGAAAAGUCAUCACACAGCUGAGGCAAAACAAGUUGCUGUAUGACGAAGCCUUCAACAUAGUCAAGAGAUUUCUUGUGAUUUCGUCUUACCAUUCUGUAGAAGAGGUACAGGCAUUCGCUAAUAACCGCACCCCUGCACCUCCUUCGGUACACGUUGUGCGACUUCUUAUCCCGGUAUCUUGCUGCGAUGAAGCUGCGACUUACCUCAUUGAUGCGCUUGGUGGUGAAGACCACGCAAAACGUAUAGUCGGAGGCACCAAGUGGUGGCAAGUUCGCGGGAUCCCUGGGAUCGAUGCUGAGUGGGUAACCUCGAAGAAAGAUUGGCAAGCAGCCAAGAGACGCCGCACGCAGUCAGAGAAAAAUGGAACAACCUCUCCGUCAUCGCCACCCAACACUGACUCCACAGCGAACACGCAAACCUCGAAUCCAGAAGCGAGCAGUACCUACCAUAGGGACAUGGACGAGCUUCGAUGCAUUCUUUACGCCCACGGUGGAGGUUACUAUUUCGGGAGUAUCGAUCAAGAGAGGUAUGGUAUACAGCGUCAUGCUAGAAAAAUCAACGGACGCGUAUUUGCUAUUAAUUAUCGCUUGGCUCCUCAAUACCCGUUUCCGUGUGCGCUUCAUGACCUCCUCACAGCUUAUCUGUACCUGAUCAGGCCUCCGCCUGGAGCGGCCCAUCAACCAGUCAAGCCCGCCCACAUCGUGGUGGCAGGAGAUUCUGCUGGUGGAGGCUUGACCUUAGCUCUCUUGCAGGUCUUGCGCGACACAGGGCUCCCAAUGCCUGCGGGUGGAGUCUUGAUGUCUCCUUGGUGUGAUUUGACGCACUCGUUUCCUAGUAUUCACACGAACACUGAAACGGACGUUCUUCCUCCAUAUGGUCUUUGCCUACAGAAACCUAGCACUCUUUGGCCUCCACCGUCGCGUGAAGUUACGCAAAUAGUCCAUAGCCGGCUUCGCAAAAGGAUCCAUCAGAUGGUCCGUCUCAAUGGUGGCGAGGCGGAUGAUUGCGUAUCUACGGCGGAUCCUUUACGUCGUUCAAUGGCAGGCUCAAUUGCUAGUCUCGAUGAGCAUGACGAAGAUAAACCUUCAAGAAUGCCCGUUAAUGUCGGAACCACCGCUUCGCUGCCUUCCGUAGACAACAAGGAGGAUCAGACCAUACGACUUCAGGCGAAAUCAGGCGAAUUGUUGACGGUAGAUUCUCAAAUUCAGCUCUAUACCCAGAAUAGUCUAUUAGGACAUCCUCUUGUCAGUCCUGCUGUGUCCUACUUGGGCGGGUUACCUCCCUUAAUGGUGAUUGCGGGUGAGAAGGAGGUAUUGAGGGAUGAAAUCAUUUAUUGUGCUCACAAGGCCGCUGAGCCAUCCCAAUUCCCGGUGAACGAUGCAGCGCGCGCGAUGUAUCCACCAUUGGCUGGCAUAGAGAGCCGGCACCGGCCCACACCGGUUCACUUGCAAGUCUAUGACGACGCCCCGCACGUCCUACCUGUCCUUUUUGGCUUUACCACUCCAGCGAAAUUCUGUUAUCGUGCCAUGGCAAGCUUCGUUAAGCACGUCACUGGUAUGACUACUCCCAUUCAACCCUCUUCACCGGGCUUGGUUGCAUCACUAUCACAACCCGUGUUACUCACUCCAGAGCAUGAGGAGCAAGUCGAGCAUACUUCGAACUCGCAAUUUCUCCGACCGCUGUCUGUCAACGAUCUCGAUGGCCGGAGAGACGACCCACCCCUUUCUCUCGGUCCGACGAAGUCAUCGAUGCCACCUUCGGAUUCCCGGGCUUCUCGUGUUAGCUUCUUCCGCGCGAAGUCUGCGCAAGCACGCUCAGGGUUAUUAACGUCAUCCCCGCGUCCGGGAUCUGGGAAACGUAUUCCCUUCUUUGAUACCCCCAGCACCCCUGAAGCCUCUAGACAACGUAGCGAAGCGACCUCUUCAGAAUCUGUGGUUCGUCACGCGGGCGAGGCAAGUGUGUACUGUGACCCGGCGGGCCAUUUCUGGAAGGAGGGGAUGAUAUGUGAACGUGUUUCAACGCAAGGGGAGAUCAGGCCCCUUGAACGGAAAGAAGAAUUAGAUGCUUUUUCGGUUCCCUCCAACAUGAUCGGAGUCAUUUCGGAGCGAGCACUGCGACGUUACAUAGAUGGGAAAACUCACUUUGACGAUCGCUUCCGGAAGGAGAUAGAAUCUAUAGAGAAGCGGCGGAGGCGUAACAUGGACCUUGAGAAGAAAGAGUUUUCCAAGGUUAUCCUACAUCUUCGAGAACUUCGCGAUGGCAAGGACAAGGGGAAAGCCUCUACUACGGACCUUUCUAGCGGGAGCUGGGGUUGGGCGUGGGCUCUUGAUGAGGACGAGCAGCCGCCGGCCAGUUGCAUCGUUUCCCGACGUGACACGGACGAAGCUCGAAGACUUGCACGUAUCGCGGAUCAAGCUGUUCUGCAAGAUGAUGUUCGUCUCAGCGGGAACAAUUUAUGGGCUAUCCUCUCGAAUUUCUUGUCUUCGGGUUCUGAGUCUGAGGGAAAUCCCCACUCCAUUUCGGAGACUGUGGAACAUGACGAUGGUCAUCCGACACCGAGGAAGAGCAGGUCUGCGAUCGUGUUUCUUCGUUCCCGUGGCAAAUCCUCAGCUCCCAAGAAACCUACCGAGUAGUAUCAGUUACCACCGAACACGCUUACCCUUGAACCGAUCUUUUCAAUGUAAUGCUAAUGCCCACCUUACUAGCCUAUGUUGAUGGAGACAUACUUGAUUCACAACCUGUUCACAACAUAUGUACUUAUUUAUGUUCAUAUGCUACAUGCGCGCACGACGCGGGCUUACCUGGAG